UUUCCCACUUCCCAUACGGUUUUCCUUUUUGUUGUUGUUGUAUUUUUAAGAAAUUUUCCGUCUUCACCGCUACAUAAUCCGGUUGAGUCUGAUUCGGAACCAUCUUUGUUAGUUGGAAUCUGCUCUCUAAAAAGAGUUUUUCACGGUUGAUUCCUUCGCCAGUCCUUUGGAAACGUUGGUUAGCUUUUGGUUCAAACCUUUGCUACUAUAUAAUAUUUUAGAUUUGUAUAUGUAACACUCUGGUAUGGUGUGGAAACGUAAGAAAAGCAAAGUCAUUGUAUGGUUUCGAGUUUUUUUUUAUAUGACUGCAAACCUGAAACAGUCCGAAACACGCGUCUUUGUUUUGUCCUGCAACUUUUCUUAACUUGAUGGUUUGGAGGUGAAGAAGCUAGCGGUUUUGUGGUUCGCUCGGUAAUGAACGCAGUGUGUAGGCCACGCGUGGAUGUUUCCAUGGACACUGAGAGGACGUGCUGAUCCGGCGCCGGCGCUCAGUCUGGAGCGGAACCGCUGCUGAAAUGCAUGUUACUGUUCCUCUGAGGCUCCAUUACAAUACAGCAUGCCAUUUUACAGCAGUGUCUACUACCCGUUUUCACCAGAACCACACAAAACUCAUGCAACAACAGGGAUUCCUACUUUGUUGAACUCCCCGGGGAACCAGACAUCCUCAGGUGACCAGAGCAGACCUGCUAGCUUGGCCAUGUCAGCAGCCUCCGUUUCUGCACCAUUCAAGUUUCGUACCCGACGCGAGAGCGUGGACUGGCGUCGGAUUAAUGCAGUUGAUGUGGACCGUGUGGCUUGUGAACUGGACUUUCAGAUGCUCCAGGAGCACAUUGCAGGGGUGACAUUCUGUAGCAUAGAAGGUGAGCGGUGCCUGAAUUGUCAGAGCCCAGUGGACCCAGCGCUGCUCAAGCUAUUCCGGCUAGCCCAACUCACAAUUGAAUACUUGCUACACUCACAGGACUGCCUGGCUCUUAGCCUUCAGACUGCUGAGGAACAAUUUCAGACAGGGGUCAAAGAGAAGCAGCAACUCCAGGUGCAGCUGCAAAAGCAGAGCCAGGAUAUAAAGUCCUUAAAAGAUGAGCUAAAGCAGCGGAAGAAGAUUAUUGCCUCUCAGCAAGCUAUGAUCAGUGCAGGCCUGAGUAAUUACCAUAAGUGCCAGCAUUGUGAAAAAGCCUUCAUGAACACUUCAUUCCUGCAAAGUCACAUGAAGCGUAGACAUCCAAUGGAGCAUGACAUGAAACUGAUCACUGAUAAUCAGAAGGAUCUUCAGACAUUAAAGUUACAAGAAGAGAUCAUCAGGCUACAGGAUCAGCUAAACCUGGCUAAAUCGGAAAUGGAGGCACAGCAAAAAGAUUACAAUACCAAACAGGAGAAGGAUCUAACUCAGAAACAGGCAGACUUUAUGAAACAGCUGGAGGUCUGGAAGGAAAAUGAGCGUGUACGCAUGAACAGCAGAAUAGAUGAAGUAAAGCAGGCAUGUCAAAAAGACAUGGAGUCCAUGCUCCAGAAAAACCAAAGCCUAGAGAACCAAGUGUUGAAGUUGCAGCAAAGCAGUAAGGUGCUGGAGAAUAUGCAGCCUGUGAAGGGACAAGCUGGAUUUGGGCAGAACAGUGAAGACAAGCAACGGCAGAAGGCUGCCCAACUCCGACAGAAGCUCGAUAAUCAGGAAAUUGCAUGGUCAGCAAAAAUGCAAAAAAUGAAGGAAGAAUUUGAGAGUGAAAAAAAGCAGCUUCAGACAGCAUUGUUUAAGGCACACACCACUGUCUCCAAGGAGAGAAAAAGGGUAGAGAGGCAGGUGAAGAAACUUGAACACAGGCUGGAAGAGCAGACAAAGCUUAUCACAUCCCAAAACAUGCAGAUCAAACAUUUCACUGCAGAUUCCACUAAAUCCAAAUUACACAAAGAAGAGCCUGCAACAGUCCCAGAACCUAAAAAAAGAGUAGUGGUCAGUGAGCAGUCCAGCUUGGUCUAUAAAUUGGAUCCUAUAAUGGAGCUUUCAGAGGAGGACAAAGAUUCAUCAAGCUUCUCUGAAGGCCUUGCAGACCACCAGUCAAGAGAGCAGAAAGUGAAGGAGCUGCUGAAGAAUCCUAGCCUUAAGAGGGACAUGCACUUGGCUGUGCAGCAAAGCCUUAAUGAAAAAUUCUUACAUUUAGGCAUUGAUCCUGAUGUUAGUGGGCUCUCUAAGACAACUUUUGAGAGCGGCAUGGCUCGUGUGGUCUUCGACAGGCGGCAGGGAAGAGAAUAUGCUAAGGUGCGCAAUGAUCUCAUCCAAAAGUUAGAAAAGAGACUUAAGGAAAGGUGCUCAAGUCAACCUGCCAAGUCCAAACCAUCUGAGCAAGCUCGUACUCUACCUCAGGCUAGGUCACAGUCCAACAGUCUUUCUGUUACAGUCACUCGUGUAGUCUCAGGCCCUCCUGCCAAACAGCAAUACACACCACAGUCAGCUCAUCGGAACAACAACGCCAUUCGUCCCACAACCUUGACACAAAUGCCACCACACAGACCAUCUCGAUUCAGUGUACUUGAAGACUCCUCCUCAGAAGAGGAGUCCGAAAAAGACUCUCCUCAGGCACAGAAAAUAAGGCACUCUUCGGGCAGAGUGAAAAGCCACUCCACCGUAGUUCAGCAGCACACUGCUCCCUCAGCUCUAGCUUCAUAUCAGAGCUCUGGAUCUCAACAGGCACCGGUGUUUAGCAUUAGCAAGACGAAUGUGACUGUUGCAGAAAGUGAGAGUGAGUGGACAGAAGGCAGCGAGAUGGAGGAGAUUUCCCUAAAUCAACUGCAGGAACACACAGACCAGAAUGGAAAUGUGCCAAAGACUUCGUCUAGUUAUGUGAAGACACUAAGCAAUAAUUUGGACCAGCGUCCUGCAGACCAAAGCCAUAAAAAAACAGCAGGGGUUUCCAUCCCAGAUAAACCUACUGGAGGCCCUAACACAAAUGAUGCCGUGUGGGAGAUUAAACACACUGAUUUCGAGGAAGAUAAUGAUGAUGACUGGGAUAUUUCCUCUUUAGAGGAUGUUCCUGCCGCACACAAGACCAGUUCUGCCCCUGUGAGGAAGAGCAAAGAGAGUCUUGACACCAGCACUAGUGUGUGGGGAACUUUUACUAGCAAAGGACGAGAGCCAGGUCUUAAAGAUACAGGCACUGGCAGCACUCUGAAAAGCAGUACUGUGACAGUUAGUGACUGGGACGACUCAGAUGGUAUAUAAAUAUAUAGUUUUUAAUAAGCAAUAAUAAUCCUAAAUGUCAGCACAUACAAUUAAAUGGUCUAAACAGAUUUCUUUAUUAUGAAUGCUGCUGAUCAAGCCUCAGAGAUGCUGCACAUCACAUACAUAUAAAUUCAAGUAGCUGUAAUAAUACUCCAAAUUUGAAGAUCCAAACUAUUCAGGGAGCCUUAUUAGCAAUAUUUUUAUUUUCUUUGUAUGUCUUUUAUACAGUGUUACAAGGUGUACAUACAUUUUAAACUUUAUGAAUUUGCUGUAAAUGUUCACACUUUUGUCAUAAAAAAUUGUAUAAACAGUAAAUUUUGUACACACACACUACACCCAGUUCAAGAAAUGAAAUUGUAUUAAAUCCCCACUACAAGGCAAA